GUGGCAGUAAUGCACGAGUUUUGUUGCGAUCUGCCAUCAAAAACGAGGAAGAAGAAGAGGACGCUUGGUAUACCGCUGCCUGCAAAGGACGCGUCCUAGCUAGCACCCAGCCUUCGAAACGAGACACACAGGAAAAGGGUUACAUGUUCGGAAGUGACGUCACAUCGCCUUCGCUGUACUCGGAAAUGCACCAUAAUGGAAAGAAGGACAGUGAAGCAGCUGAAGACAGAUGAGUAUAAACUGAGCUGAAGUCAUCAUAUACAGAGAUAUAAACGCUACCAUAUGUACAGUGUUAGUUUAAUGCAGUACUGUUGUAAAGCUUGCUUCAGCAUGUGUAGUAGAGGCGCUUUAGUUAGCGCGCCUGCUAAAAAAAACAGCGUGAAAGAAGACGCUCAACAUCAUAAAUAUUAUUAAACAUAAACGCAGUCACAGUGUGUACACCUACAGUAGCUGAUGAUUUAAUCAUGCACUUUAUAAGGAGAGUGUGUGCUGUAAGUUACUGUCAUGUAAUGUUUACCUUCAUUUUCUGUUUUGAUACUUCUCUCAUGGAUUUGUUUUCUUUGCUCUAUAGUUUGUUGCAUUGAAACUAUAGAAGUUACAGCUAUAUGAUGUUGAAUGUGCAACUUCAUAUUUAAAGGUGCACCAAUUAAUUUUUUCCUCAUUAAAAAAGCUGUACUCCUUAAGAAAUUAAUUGUGAUUUUGAAACACAUGUAGGAAAUCAUGACCUCUCACAUUAAAAUGAAGACUCCAGUCAUAUCAGUAACCUUAUAAAAGCUGUUUUAUUCUACAUGGAGAGGGUCCGCACAUGGGGGCUGCCAUGUUAGAUUCACAAGACCAGCCAAAUACUAGUCUCUUAAUCUCAGUAACCAUCAUGUUAUUUCACAUUUUCACUCUUAGAUUAAAUUAAUCAUGUUUGACUGUGAAUUGUGAAUUUUUACAAUGGCAUCAGUAACUGAAAACUGUUGCGUUGGAAUGAUGCUGUAUCCAGGCCACUAGGUGUCAGUGUAAGCCUAAAACAAAAUGAACAAGAACGAACUUAGUGCACUUUUAAGCCUAGGUGUUUUAUGUACGUUUUUUGACGAAUUGCAAAAUCAACUCCGUAAAUAGUGUUUUCAUGAAUGCAGGGGAAAAAAAAUAAAAAAUAGAUUACUUUUUUAAAAUUUUAUAAAAACUUCCAAGUGAAUAGGUUUCAUGUGUUUUGGACUUUAUAUUCUUACAUAUGGGUUUAACAUAUUCAUGUUGGUUACAAAACAUGCUCAUGGACAGAAAAUAAAAAAUAUAUUCCUAUUAGUCUCAAUUUUUUUUUUUUAAUAAUAUAAUACGGUAUUAUUAUUACCCAGUUCUAAUUUAAUACAUUUUAUUACAAAUUAUAUUAUCAGAAUAACAUUUUAAAUAAUAACAUGAUUAUUUGUUAUAGCCUAUUUGUUAUGUUUGCUUUAUUUUAUCCGAACAUAAUUUGAGAAUGUUCCAAAGAGCAUCUUUUGUGUUUCAAUGUAAGCAAGGAAAUCUGAUCGUCUGUACGAAGGACUUAACAUGUCUUUAUCACACAUUUGCCUAGAAAUUGUGCAGAAAAUUAAAUUUCUUAUUCACUUAUUCUUUCCUAUAUGUCCGAACAUUUCUGUUUUAGUUUUUUUCAAAAUCCUUAAAGUUUCUUCUUAAUUCUAGGUUUAAAUUAAAAUGUAAAUCCUAGAUUCUCCCUAUAUGUUAUAAAGCUUUGUUAGGGUUUUUUUUUUUUUUUUUUUUUGUGGUUUAUUAGGUUUUUUGUGUAUAUACUUUGUUAGUCUAUACUACAACACAUAGUGUCAUCUGUGAUAACUAUGUUCAGGAGUACUAAUUUAGUUUCCUGAAUAUGUUGACUUAAAGACCGUUUUUCUCUUUGUUUCAGGAAUGUCUGUCUGUGACCGUCUGCAAUGCAGGAUGUACUGAAGACCCUAUAUUGCAUUUGUGUUUCAUUUGUAAAUCAGAGACCGUUAUCCAUGUUAAAUCUGAUGCAUGCAUUUCUGGUGCCACCCUGAAGCUCAUGAUGGAAGUCUUCAUAUCGAUCUUAAGUGUGAGAGAGUGAAUAUUUGGGUAUUUCAUCAGUAUGGAAGAUGAUGUGGCUGUACAUAGGGAUACAGUGGAGGAAAGCCCGGGCUGUGGGCUGCCCACUGUUUCUCUGGUCAGUCCAUUAGAAGGGAAUGAUGGUCACGUGACUGCGUCUCAAGAGCCUGAGGGUGAACAUGAGGCUUUUGAGGGUCUAAACUGUGAAUUUCAUGAUGGAGAUAUGGAAGCAGAAAAUGCGGUAAAUGAAGAAAACAAUUCCAAAAUUGAAGAUCUGAAUGAUGAUCAGAAGGAAGAUGAAAAUUUUGAAAAAGAAGAUACAGAGACACAUAAAAGAGGUGAGAAAAAUGAAUUUGAGAAGGAGUUACAGACCAAUGGAGAGUCCAGAUCCCGGAAUGCUGGGACUGGGAGGAAAGGGAAGUCCAAGAAGUGUGUAUUGGGGCAAGGGUCAUGUGAUCAUACACCUUUAUGGACAUCUCCAUCAUCCAUGCCUCAAAAAUCUUUCUCGUCUUCUGGACUCAACAGACACAAGCAGGUGAGGCGACGGAACCACCAACACAAUCAUGGCCGUUUACGUCGGAAGAAUGGAAUGCAGCUGGUCGUGGCGAGUCGAGAUUUCCUGGCGGAAUCCGUUAGUCAGUGGUGCAUUUCCUGCAUCCAUAUGGUGGUAGAGCUCGUCAUUUCUCUGGCGCACCACUGUGGGAUUGCUGUGGAAUUGUCGGGAAUUGCGCUGUACGACUUUGGAACACGCAUGCUGUGCAAGGUCACUGAUAUUCCAGGCAUGAUGCGAGAUUUGCGGCUAAUCCGGGACUGGAGCUGGUGUUUGGCUGUGGCUUUAGUAGAAGGCAUCAGCAGAACUACACUUUGGGCUCGAUGCACCCUUCUGUCCAGUCUAAGGAUUUUCUGUGUUGCACUAUGUUUCGGCUCUCAGAUGAUCAGGAGUGUUCUGGCACAUCUGACAGGAGAGAGAGGCAGAAAGUGGUGGAUUGCUCUCCAGAGCAGCAAGUUCUGGAGCAAAGUGUCUGAUCUGACCAUGAAAAGUUACAGGCGUUUGUUUAAACGAGACAUCAUCAAAGACAGUUCAAAUCCAGAGUUAUCCAACAGGGGGCCGGAGAAAUGGCAGCCUGGUGAAGAGUUGCAGAGACUGCUGGCACUGGCCAAGAUCCCUGAAGAGGAGUUGGACCCAUUUAAUGUUCUCGGAGUGGAUAUUAAUGCCACUGAAUCUGAGCUCAAGAGAGCAUACAGGCAGCUGGCUGUACAGGUUCAUCCAGACAAAAACAAGCACCCAGGUGCUGGCGAGGCCUUCAAGGUGUUGAGGGCAGCGUGGGACAUUGUCAGUAACCCACAGACACGGCGAGAGUAUGAACUGAAGCGGGUGGCAGCGACAGAACUUUCUAAAUCCAUGAAUGAGUUCCUGACUAAACUGCAGGAUGAUCUGAAAGAAGCCAUGAACACUAUGAUGUGCACUAAAUGUGAGGGCAAGCACAAGCGCUUCGAGAUGGACCGCGAGCCUGCUGAGGCCCGAUUCUGUGCUGAAUGUAAUAAGUGGCACAGUGCCGAGGAGGGAGACCUGUGGGCUGAAUCUAGUAUGCUGGGACUGCGCAUCACAUACUUCGCCUUCAUUGACAGCAAAGUCUUUGACAUCACUGAGUGGGCGGGCUGUCAGCGGAUAGGCAUCUCUCCAGACACUCAUCGUGUGCCCUAUCAUAUCUCUUUCAGCUCUAAAAGCAGUGGCCCCAGCCGCCACAGAUCUGCUUCAGAUCAUGCAGCCACUGCAGGUCCACCUGCAGACCUGCAAGACUUCUUCAGCCGCUUCUUCCAGGGUGGAUCUCCCAGUGACGCACCUGCUAACGGAGGCUUCUUCCCAGCUGGAACGCCACAGCCACCACAUCACGGCUCCGGAGCCCCUGCAGGAAUGUUUUCAGGACCUCCUCCACAAACGGGGUUCUUUAGUCCAGGAGCCCAACGGGGCGACCCCAGCGAACUCUGGACAGAAGAAGGAAAGCCCCCACGCCGGCGCAAGAAAGUUCGCAAGCCAUUCCAGUGCUGAGCAAUGCAAUAUCAUAUAGUCAUGGCUUUUGAGAUGGAGUACUGCCUGUUCCCAUGGUUUAGUGCUGGCCAACCAGUACAAGAUGGGAACUAAAUUCGGCCUCGGAGGAACAUUUCAUUGUUGGCUUUAUGAAGCAUAGUUAUACACUGAAAUGAUAGUUUACCCAAAUUUGUUCUCCUAGAGGAGCAAGCGAAGAGAGAUGCAAGAAGGAAGAAGAACUUGCUGUAUAGUUUGAAGUUCUUUUUUUUUUUUUUUGAGACUCCGAUUAACCGAGAUUGAAAUAACAUUCUUUCUAGAAACACAAAAGUACUUUUUCCCAGUUGCAUUCACACUUUUCUGCUUGUUUAUUUCUGGCUUGAUUAUUUGAAUCAGAUGUUCAGGAUGUGGCUGUGUGUUUUAUUGUUUGUACCGUCACAUGUAUAAUUGACACAGACCUCAGGGAUGACUGUCUCUUCAUCUGCUAUUUGACAGGUAAAAAAGUGAUUUUCAAAUGUUCCUGGACAUUUGAUAUAGAGGAAUAAGUUCAGCGGUUCAACAUUAAAACAUAGCUUGAUUAAUUAUUUUUUCACUUAUUAGAUCACAUUUAACGAAGGCAAAUACUUCAAAUAAUAAUUGACUUAACAAAUAUUACAUGACAUGGGCUCAUGUUUUGUUUUUUUUCCCAUGAAGACUGUCAACAAAUUCUCACAUGAUUUGAAUGGAGCUUUAAAUCAGGACAGAAAGAAUGGUUUGGGAUUUUCACAUUAAAACUGAGCAUGCUAUGUUUGUAGAAUUAAUCUUUAAUUGAUUCAGUUCAUGUUGUUGUUCAUGUAGAGCAGCUCUGAAGCUGGAGGAGACUUCAGUGUAUUAUAUAAAGAAAUUAGAAAAUAUCAUGAGGAAUCAAAUUCCCUUUCCAGUUUUAGCUCAUGGUUAAAGUGCUUGUUUAAGUCUUUUUAAACGAAACAGACAACCCCCAAAAUCAAAAGAUUUGAAGAGGCUGUAAACUCCAGAUAUAAAAUUAGAUAGUUUUUUUUAUUUUGUAUUUCACACCGUUCUCCAGUGAUCUUUCAGCCUUGACUUAACUUAAUUUCAGUGAUUUUAGAAGGAAACCAAAGAGAUGAGUGUUAGAUCUGUUACCAUCGACCGCUUUAAUGUGGUGCUUUAAUUCAACUCGGAAAAAGUCUGUUAAAAUAGCAGCACUUUUAUCUCUUGACCACAAUUUAUGACUGGCCACACUCUAAUGCUAUAGUAAUGACCCAAACUAAAUAAAUAAUACAUUAUACCUGAACCAUCAGUUUUGUAAAUCAUUUAACUUCAGUUAGACUUUCAGAUUUAUUAUAAUCAAGUUUUACAGAAACCUACUGACAAUGACAAAUUGUCUAUCAUUUCUAUUCAUAACUGAAAAUGUAAUUGGUUUACCAGAAAUAAAACAAUAGAUAAUUUUGUUUACAGUAGUAUUUUUGCACUAGUAUUCUUAACCCCAUACCUCCCCGAUGUUCAUUGUUUUAUGUUUUAGUUGUAUGUUUUGUUAUCAGCAACUCUGAUUGUGUGCAAUGCAAUAUGCCACUCACCAUUUUAAGAUAUGAUCCAUUUAAAUGUAUUCAGUUGAGGUUCUGAAGUUGAUGCAUUGAUGUAUUUAGUGCUGCAUACGGAGGUUUUUUUUUUUCUGUAUUGAUGGUGUUAGAGUGAUCUCAUCUAUGUGCAAGUGAAUGCACUAGCCUAGAUCACUCUAGUUCAGACAAUCAUUAUAAAGGUUCUAAUGUGCUGGAGACCUUUUUGCCAUCACCCAAAUCCUCCUGUAUUAAAGCUGAUUUCCUCAAAUGCUUUGACAAUUCUUUUACAUUUCC